UUCAAAGUUUCUUCAGAGUCUUAAUUCUCAGUUUCUUUCUCAUCGUCAUCAUUAUCAUCAUCAUCAUGAAAACAAUUAGUGGAGGAGCCUCAGUCAUGGCGGCUCUAAUGCUGCUUCUCCUGCUAGUCCCAACUACAGAGGCUGCAAUUACAUGCAGUGAUGUUGUCAAUGACUUGACACCUUGUCUCAGCUACCUUCAAAGUGGCAAGGGGACGCCAUCAGCCAGCUGUUGCAGUGGAGCCUCCAAGCUUUUAGGUUCCGCAACAAAUACUGCUGACACAAAGACUGCUUGUAACUGCAUGAAGUCCACAAUCAAGCAAUUAAAUUUAAAUGGUGCAGCAUCACAGAGUCUCGCUGGAAAAUGCGGAAUCAAACUUUCCUUCACUGUGUCUGCUAACACAGAUUGUUCCAAGAUUGGUUAAAGUGGAAGAUGUAGCCAGAAGAUAUGAAAUGAUCCUGUCUCCAAGUGAAGCUGAAUUAUCUAUUUCAUAUUAAGAAGUAUUAAGAAGCUGAUCAUCCUUUGUUUUCUGCUAUUUCUGUCAUAAAUAAAGUAAUCUAUGUAUUUCUCUGGCUA